UUGAAAUGCAAGCUGAAAACCCGAGCUCCCACAGCUGUCUGUUCAUUCUCUUUUAAAACACCGUCCCGACUCAGAUUGCAACGUUGGGUAUUUCUAACAGAGCGCGUAACAAGGUUUGAGCUAAAAAAUGGCGAACAUUGUAGUAAGUUGUGUCUUUCUGUUUCUUUUAUUAGCAAUUUUUGUUAAUUGCGAUGUUGAUGACAUCACAACUUCCCGCCAUCUCCGUCUCAUCCAUGUUGAAAUUGACAUGCUGACGUCACUUUUGACGAAGAAAGAGUUGGCAAGGCGACAGCUUCAACAUUGUGUCACUUCGUUGGAAACUCGCGUCAACGACUCGGUCAGAUUGAUCCAAAACGAAGAAAUAAACAUCCGUAAAUUGAGGUCAACGUUACAUGAGCUGAAAGUGUUGACAGAAAAAGAAAGGGAAUUGUAUCAAAACAUCACUGAGAAAAUGCGAGCGUUGUUUCCGCAUCGGGUGUUGCUCCGGGGACCAAGAAAUACCGCUGAAAUGCUGGUAGAACUGGAUAAUAUUUUAAGUCGAUUUACUGAUGUAUUUGCCGAACCCGAGAUGGAUGAAGUGUCUGCUGAGUGUGGUCCAGGUCCCUGUUUUGAGCCUGUGACUCCAGCGCCACAACUACAGACAACUUUAGACCUGUGUGCGAAUCAUCAGGAUUGUGAAGUCUCCUCCUUUGCUGUGACUGAGAACAAUGACGUCAUCGGCUUGCUGGAUGGAAGUGUUGUCCUUUUCUCCGGACAGGACGGUUCUCAGCUGGCUUCCUACAGCUUUGAUUUUACGCCUGAGAGAAUGACGUACCAAGAUCACGAAACGUUCUACGUGGAACACACUCCGCGAAAUGACCGCGAAAUUUACCGGUACAACGCCACAUCCCGACAACUGACGCUGCUGACGUCAAUUUCAGACGGCGUUUCUACUUACGGCAUGGAAUAUCUGGACGGAAUGCUGUUCAUAGGUGGGAAAUAUGGCCGCGGUAUGUUCGUGUUUUUACUUGGUCAGUCUCGCAUGGUUAACAUUUUUACUUAUAUCACCAACAUUGACCAGUACCAUAGUGUCUAUAUCUGUCCGACGGAGCUCGGGUCAAAGUACGCACUGUUUACGGGUCGAAUUGUCCGAAACGAUAUGAUCCUGAUAACAUCUUCGGGGGAGAGAAUCUGCUCGAUACCGACAAGCUAUGAAUACACGAUACAUUGCGGGGUCGUGAGCAGGGACGGCACGUUCUACCUCCCGGGACACGGGGAGAUUGUUCGGUACAACAACAGGUGUGAGCCGACUGGAGCGUUCUCCCUCCCUGAUGCGGAUAGACGUAUUUCGCGUAUUGACUUACAGAAUGGUAAAUUAUAUGUACACCAAUAUAACGGUCCGUUUUCUAUUUAUCAGAUCUAGAUUCUAAAACAAAAAAGUUUCAUAAACGUGUUUGCAGUGUACCCCUUCACCUUAGUCUCAUCUUUUUCAUCUAAAGCAUUUAAAAAGACACAUUUUGAGAUUACGACAGAAAAAAAUUACUUAAUUAUUUUGCUGUGAAUUUAUGACGUCAUUUCAUUGCUUUCGAAGAUGUCAAACAAGAGUAUAGAAAAACAUGUUAUAGACUAACCAAAAAGUAUCAUAAAUUGACAAAAUACUAGGAUUUGUUGGCAGUUGUGACGCGCCAAUUGGUGGAAAACAACCAAUUUGUGAAAAACAAAUCAUUUUGAAAAAAUCUCAAUAUGUGAAAACACCCAAAACGUGAAAACAUCUCAAUAUGUGAAAACACCUAAAACGUGAAAACAACUCAAGGUGUGGAACAAAUCAAUAUGCGAAAACGUACCACAGAUUGGCACGUCAUAAUGCGUGCUACCAGUAUUGUGAUAUUAAACUCCUAAAUAACAUUAUUAUCUAUCAGUGGAGUAAAGUAAUACAGUUAUUGAACACCUGACACGUACUAAAAACACGGAUUGACUACACUCGGGCAACUUUGAGUACGUCGUUUCCUUGAUUCCGGAACAAAAGUCUCAAAUGAGGGGCUUGCAUACUUCUAGAAUGAAGGUAAAUCAGUAGUAGGCCAACUCUGUGGAACUGAACGAUUGGUAAAUGUGGACGAAAAUGGCUGAAAUUUUACAUUCUUUAUGAAAAAAGGGAUAUCUUCUGACAAGUACCCUCUCGUUUGAGGCGCACACAAGGUUGGAGACUAUCUGUGUUUACCGCAAGUACCCAUGCCCCCUUAUCACGUGACAUGCGAAUCGCUAUCCCGGUCGAAUCCGGAGAGAGAGAGAGAGAGAAACUGUCCCAAAAUUGACGGACACUAUCCUUAAGCAAAUUUAACAACUUAAAGGAAGAUAACAGAUAUUAUGCUAUCGUAUAAUAAUAUUUAUUUGUUAUUGCAUAUUAAUUAUAAUUGUAUGCAGUGUGUUUCCAAUAGAUGUGUGUUUAUAAUCCUCGCAAUUAAAGACAUUUUGA